ACGUGUUGCAACCCGUUCAAGCCAAUACACAACAAACAGCAAACGAUACAAGGCGCUGAGAGCAGCACCGACCAACCUAGCAGCGAUUCAACGAUGGGAAGGCAGCUGCCGCCUGGGUUCAGCUGCUGCCUGAUUGGCCCAUCCACGCCGCAGUACAGGGCUACGGAAGAACUAGGAGGGGAAGGAGAAGGAGGGGGAGGAGGUGAUGGCGGUGAUGGCAAUGUGCGCGGUGUCGUGGAGACAAGCCAUGGUGGCGAUGGCGUUGGCAGCAGCGACCUGCGGGCACGACAGGCCGCUGUUGUGCGGCUCAUCUCAACAUACCCUCCCACCAUGCGCGUGCACAUGCACACACUGUGGCCCAACGACGCCGAUCCCGCGCUGUCGUCCACAAGUACCCCCGACAAACAUGCACACACUCAACAGCACGAACAGCAGCAAGAGGAGGAGGAAGAGAAGGAUGACAAUGAUGGCAACAAAGGUGAUCAUGCAGAUGAUGGUGAUGAUGAUGAUGAUGCAGACGACGAUGCAGGUGGUGAUGCAGGUGAUGAUGACGAUGACACGCCUGCGACGGCAACGCCAUCAUCGCCCACGUCGCCCGUCGCUUCGCACAGACACAACGCAGACUCACCACAGGGCCGGGAAGCACCGUCUGCCGCUCGGCGUGACAGCGCUGCCGGGCUGGCGGGAACGCAGUGGCUCUCGCCCACGCAGCAGAGCUUGAUCAACCUCUCAAACCAAAAGAACACGCAGACCCUGUUUGAUGAUUCGCAGUGGCGCAGCGGGCAGCAAACGCAGCUGUCAUCCGUGCCGUCGCCGUGGAUGCCCAACACAGUCGUGACGCAGCCCCGGCACGCCAACGACACGGGAGACAGCCACGAUGACACCAGCGACGACGAUGAGGACAGCGAUACAGAGGAGGCCGGCAAUGACACUGCAGAUGCCGGCAAUGAGCACGCGAGGCAACACCAGGAAGCUGGCGCACCCACACAAACACAGUCCCUGCAAGACACCGCCGCCACCAACGAUGAUGACGACGACGACGACGACGACGACACGCAAGACCCGCGGCAGUUGACCGGGUACUCGCCAACACAGCUCGUGUCACCAACACAGCUCGUGUCACCAACACAGGUUGUAUCACCGACGCAGAUUGUGUCGCCAACGCAGCUGUGUGGCUCGCCCACCCAGCCCGUCACACCCUCAGGUGCAACCACGAAGCCGAGCACUUCGGGUGCCCUGCGCUGUGACGAGUCGCCAGCAACGCAGCUCGCAGCGCCAACGGACGGGGUGAAGAUGGAAGAGGUGGUGGAGGAGGUGGUGGAGGAGGAGGUGGGAGAGGGGAAGGCGGACGUGAGCGAGCAAGCUGAGGGCGCUGAGGGCGCUGAGGAGUUGAAGGGGUCGAAGGGGGAGGUGAAGGAAGAAGUGGAAUACAUGCAUGCAGGCGAACACGACGAGCGUGCUCAUGAGCGUGACGAGAGCAGAACGAAGGAUUGCACUGCCCCACUCCAUCCAAAGCUGUACUCGCCCCACCUUGCACGCUGCCUGCUGACAUCCACGCUCACACGCGCCCCUGUGAGCCCUCGAGCACCUGCUGCUAUUGCGCCUGCAACACCUGCCACAGCAUCAACUGCAACCAUGGCAUCUGCAGUCGACGUCUCAACGCGCGGGAUCCUGAUGAAGACGGAAUCCCUCGACGACAGCGUGAACAGCGCCACUGUGGCCCUCGAUGCGCCCUUGAACUGGACAGACGAGUUUGAGACGCCCUGCAAGGGCAAGAAGCGCCAGCAGCAGGAGAGUGGGAGGCAUUGCCACCGCCAGCAGCGCAUCACGUCCACGCCCACCCUCCCCGCCUUCAAUGACACCUCCCCUGCCUCGUCCUCAGCAGCAACAACAGCACACCCAAGCCCGCUCAGGGUAUGUGUUGGCACUGACAGCAACGUGAGCUCCACGGGUGCAAGUGCCACAAAGCAGAAGCGAGCCAGCCCGCCAUCGCGCCCUCUCUUCACUCCGCCGCUGAAACAGCAACCACUGAACCAAGCCCGAGUGUCACCCUCGUCAGCGCACACGCUCGCACACGGCGGGCGCCGCGGUGAUGGCGUGAAGCGGCGGUUCGUGUUCACCACUGCGAGCGGCAAGACUGUCACGCCCGGCACUCCAACACCUCCUCAUACAUCCACGCCAGCGCCUUUACACACCACCACGGGCGAGAGUGGCAGCGGCAAUGCACGGCAGCGUGGUGGUGGUGUUGAGAGCGGUGGGAGUGGAAGUGGGAUGAGCAUCUCUGCCGCUGCACUGCAGUACGCACAGCGGUUUCUCCUGAGCCACCAGCAGCCAGACGACGACGGCAAAGGUGACGAUGCUGAUGAUCAACAACACCAGCCACAGCACAACAAACAGCACAACAAACAGCAGCACCAACAUCAACAUCAGCAACCGCCACUGCCACUUUUGGGCGAUGACGGCGAUGACACGCUGCAUUUGCAAAAGCACAACGGCACCGACAAGUCGCCGUCCAUGAGCUGUGUGAUUCCGGUGCACCCGCCAGCCACAGCAGAGGAAGAAAGCGGUGUCAAGCCGUGUACUACCGCGGCUGCGAAACAGCGCUCGCCACGACGGGAUGAAGAUGCUAGCACGAAGCCGACGGGCGCAGCGCCCGCAAUGAUGGGUUUUAUGACGGCGGGAAACAAGAGCAUCAGCAUCUCGGAUGAAGCGAGGAGGAAAGGCGAGGCACUGGUCAACGCCGCCAUGAACGAGGCAGCAACAGCACUCAACAAGGACGACCACAAUGAUGACAACACCAACAACGUGAGCAGUGGUGGUGGUGGUGGUGGGUUUGGGGGCUUUAUGACAGCGGGAAACAAGAGCAUCAGCAUCUCGGAUGAAGCGAGGAGGAAAGGCGAGGCGCUGGUCAACGCUGCCAUGAACGAGGCAGCAACAGCACUCAACAAUGACGACAACGACCACAACGUGAGCAGCAACACAAGCAGUGGUGGUGGUGGUGGUGGGUUUGGAGGCUUUAUGACGGCGGGAAACAAGAGCAUCAGCAUCUCGGAUGAAGCGAGGAGGAAAGGCGAGGCACUGGUCAACGCCGCCAUGAACGAGGCAGCAACAGCACUCAACAAGGACGACCACAAUGAUGACAACACCAACAACGUGAGCAGUGGUGGUGGUGGUGGUGGGUUUGGGGGCUUUAUGACAGCGGGAAACAAGAGCAUCAGCAUCUCGGAUGAAGCGAGGAGGAAAGGCGAGGCGCUGGUCAACACCGCCAUGAACGAAUCGCUGUCCGACACAACUACACCGUCAUCCUCCGCCUCAGCCUCCAGCGCCUCCCUCUCCGCCACGAGCGAGCAUCCACCACCACCGCCCACCAAAGCCAACGCGGGCUUUGUCACGCCGCGCUCCACGGCCCACAUGAGCAGACGCCCGCCAUCAGCAACCGCAGGCCGUGCAAUGUCCACCGGGCGUGUUUCCCGUAUUCGCAUCGGUCGUGGCGGGCGUGGUCGUGGUCGCGGCUUUGGCAGUGCACCACAUAGUGCACCGCGCAGUGCAGCGGCGCGAAUGGGGAUACCGGAGAGCUUUGUUCGGCCAUUCAAGGCGCCGAGGACGAAGCGCCGCUUCUCGUCGCCUCUCAAACUGCCGAGAUCAAAACAACCUGGCGCCAACAACAACAACAAUGACAACAGUAGCAUCAGCGGCAGCAGCAGCUCACGUGGCAGCACGCACGCCCGCCGCCAGCUUGGAACUGGCGCAUCACCAGCCACCGCGCCGUCUCCAUCGUCCCCGUCAUCGCCAAUGCUUCCGUCGUCUCGACGGCCAGCAAUUCCACCGUUCAAGAUGUCGCCAUCCACGUCCCCACACGCAUCACCCGCCGCCCUCAAGGACCGCACAAACACAGGCUCUCGGGCCGGUGCAAACGUUGCUGAUGGUGAUGGUGAAGAUGGUGAUGAUGGGGGAGUCUGUCGUGGGCUGGACGCAGCUGAGCAGGCAUGGCAUGCGCUGCUGGGUGCGCACCACAAGGAUGGCAGUGCAACUGAUGAUGAAAGUGUGCUCGACUUGAACUGGACCGAUGCACUACGCAUGCAAGAUGCAGCCGCGUUCAUUCAAUCGUCUCUUCUCAGCGAGAGACGAGGCAACAACCACAACGACAAUGACAAUCGUGGUGGUGAUAGCACUUGCUGUGACGACCCGAGUUGGAUGCUGAAAGCGCCGCUCAGCGCCAUCCCUGUGAUCCCACCACCUUCACAGCGAUACACCACCACCACCACAACUGGCACUGCCGCAGCGUCCUCGGCCUGCGUCACGUGUUAUGGUGUCACUGUUUGGCGCCCAACGUCUGUCACGCCACAUGCCGACACGAAUGCUGGCGAUGCACAGCACCGUGAACACCAAGGAAGUCUCAAACAACAACAGCAGCAACAGCAGCAACAGCAGCAACAACGAGCCAAAGCUGGAUCACAUCUCUCUUUCACGCUGCAGUCGAUCCUCGAUGCGCUGCUGCGCGAUACGGGGUUUGUUGCGGCGGGCGUGGUGACGCGCAAGUGGCUGGCCCUGCGACUGCGGCUGGUGUGGUGGCGGGAAUGCGCCCGCUUGCUGUCUUCGAAACAGCCUCACGCGACAGAGACGCCGACCACAGCAGCACUUGCAGCGGAAGAGGGCGCUGUGCGCCGCAUUGUGGAGUGGGUGCUGUGCUGCGUGCACUUUGAGUACUCGCUCGGCAAACGCUCGACCAUCCGCCGCUGUGUGGAGGGCGACGAUGUCGCAGGCAAACCAAUGGUGCUGAUGGUGCGCUGCGUCCCGGUUGUGGCCGGCACCGGAAGGGAUCCGAGAGCGGACGCGUCAGCACCGCCAUCAACCACACACACACGCACGCCAUCGCCCCAGUUUGGCCAGAGCAAGCCAGUAACCACCAACGACGACAACACCAGCAACAAGGACCAGCGAGGGAACACGAAGACGCGGCAAACCACCACCACCACCAGCAGCAUCACCAGCGCCGGUGAGAACAGCAGGAGCAAGGCGGAGACGUGGGAUGUGCUGCUGACAGAUGGCUGGUACGAUAUUGCGGCGCGUGUCGACGACGCGCUGCGUGCGCGGCUGCAGCGGGAAGAGAUUGUUGUCGGCGACAAACUUGUGGUGUUUGGCGCCGCCCUCAAGUCCCCAAACCCGAACCACCCGCUUGACACGGACAUGGACAUGACGUACAUCACCAUCGCCAGCAACAGCACGCGCGUGAUUGCAGACCACGGCGUGGCGCUGGGUCACAAGCCGCUCGAGUACGCGCCCGUGCUGGCUGCCGAUGACGUGGACGUGCGUGGCGGCGCCAUUGCGUGCAUGGACCUGGUGGUGGAGCGCGUGUUCCCCGUGUUGUUCCUCAGCACGGGCGAGGGCGGCGCGCGCAGCAUCUGCAACGAGCGCGUGCAGGCGCGGCGCAACGUGCAGCUGGACGAAGAACGCAGGCGAGCAAUGGCCAACGCAGCGCAGGAGGCACUGGGUAACGCAUGCGUGCCCGCGCACGCCAAGCGCCACUUCACGGCGGAGGAGGUGGCCGCCCUCACCACGGGGGAGGAGCUGCAGCAGUGCAUCCAGCAGAGCAAGGACGCCGAGUUUACGCAGCGGCUGUUCACGACGCACCAGCGGCAGCUGCUGCAAGGGUAUCGGCAGCAGCAGAUGGAGGCUGUGGCGCGGCGAGUCAAUGAACAGGGGGGCCGGCCCGUCUCCAUGGUGAAGAUCAGGGCUGUGGACGUGAGCCGGCUGGCCGGCACCCGCAUGGCGCCUGAGAAGCAGAGGGGUGGUGAUGGAAAGGAUGGAAAGGAUGGAAAAGCCAGCAGCCAUGAUGAUGGUGACGGUGGUGGUGUGGGGGAGGAGGAUGACGAUGAUGAUGAUGAUGGCCAAGAAGCGACGGAGAAAGCGCGAGCGGGAAGCGGAGGCGUUGAUGCUGUUGACAAUUCUGAUGGCCCCGCCACCGAAGCCAGCGACGACGACGAAGACGAUGGCGAUGAUGACGACGACAACAACAACCGUGACGAUGAUGAGCAGCCAUCGCAGGCAUGGCCACCCAAGACCAAACUGCCUGCGAGCGACCUGCUUGAGCGCAUUGCCGGUGCAGACCACAGCGACCUGCCGCGGUGCUGGAUCACCGUGUGGCGAACGAGCGAGCCCGAGCCCGUGAAGGAGGGCGACCACGUGCGGGUGUAUGGGUUGACACCCCAUCACCGCCGCACCUCCGCCCGCCUCGAGCUCAACGCCAACACACGCACGGUGUUUGACCCGCAGCCCAAGCUGCGCGGCCGCACGGGCCUGGAGCGCGCGCCUGCAGAGUAUGCACACGUGGCCGCCAUGCCAAUUGGGUUUGAGGUGGACGUGUGCGGUGUGGUGGUGAAGGUGGACGAGCCAGGCCUGCGCAGCCCUCGAACCAUGCAGAAAAAAACAGUCAGCCGCACAGGACACGCCACCGCUGCUGUUGGUGCUGCUGGCAGUGGUAGCGGUGGUGACUACGGCGCCAGCACAGCCACGCCAGGCACCAGCAACCCACAACAACAACAGCAGCAGCACGAGCAGCAGGUGUUCAUCUGUGACGCCGAUGCCAACAUGCUGAUGGUGAUUAUUCGGGGCAGCGUGGCAGACUACACGGGCAGCGCAGCGCUUCGUCCAGGGCAGCCCGUCUGCUUCAUGAACGCCGUGGUGAUCCCGCAAUCGAGCAAGCUCAAGUGGCCCACGUGUGUGCUCACGGAAAUCUCCACCAUCAGCAGCAACCCGCGCGCGCGCGCCCUCUCCACUGCACUGCGCCACCUGCAGCAAGCUGUGAAGGAGGAGGACUUGCUCGCCACUGCCCAGGAGUAUGUCGACAAAUGCUGGACAAACCCACAGCUCCUCGUCGAGCGAUCGCCAACAACCCCAGCAGCUGCUGGUGCUGUGGUUGGCGGUGUGCGGUCUCGGUACCAUGCACCGCCUUCCCCUAUCCUGAGCCGGCAGCCCACGUCGACUCUAUGUGGUAGCAGCGGCACCGGUGGCGAAGACGAGCUGGACCCGUUGGCCAUCCUCACGUCGGAUGCGCCCAUCCCUGAGCGGCCCGUACCCGAAGGCAUUCGCUCCUCGGCCAAGACUCGCCGCCCAUUCAAACUUCCCAACGCAAAGGCGUCGCCGUCGUCCUCGCCGUCAUCUUCGUCCACUUCCCCCAUGCCUCGUGGUCGUGGUCGCGGUCGUGGUCGCGGUUUGGUGUCCCCGAGUGGCGUGGGGCGGUCGCCAGGGAAACACAUCACGUACGGCUCGCCGCUGCAUCGCAAGCAGCGCACCCAUGCGCCAUCUCCAGGCAACAGCAGCAGCAGCAGCAGCAGCAGUUUGGCGCGACGCGGGGUGUUUGUGAGCCCGCGGAAGCUGUCCAUGCCGACAAGCGCGUGUGUGCUUGGGCCAGCGGCGGUGGCGAGAGACGAGGCGGGGUGUCGCAUUGUCGUGUGUGGCGACGGCAGCAUGCGGGUGGACCUGCGUGGACUCGUGAAGCAGCAGCACAGCGGGGACAAGAAGAACGGACACGAUAUCCAACAGCAGACGGGGACAAAGGCUGGUGGGAAGCCUGAAGCCACGCACACGGUGUGUGCCGCAGGACUGCAGGCGCCCAGGAAGGAGGCGGGCUCGGAAGUCAAGCAGGACAGGCCCUGUGACGUUGACGAUGCUGAUGGUGAUGGCGAUGGCGACGGCGAUGGUGAUGGUGACAACGACACGGCGCAAUCGCAACUGUACUGCACGCAGCUGGGUGAAGACACACUACGGUUUAUCGAGGAGGCUGAGGAGGCAAUGGAGCAGGAGCAGGCAAAGGAGGUGGUGGAGGAGGUGGAGGAGGAGGUUGAACAAGAGGAGGGAGGGGAAGAAGAGGAGGAAGAGGGCGGAGAAGAGGAAGAGGAAGGGGAGGACGAAGAGGGGAAGGAAGUGAGAACAACCGAGGGGAUCAGCCAUGCUGAUGAGACCAGCACAACGGCAGGCGCUUCUACGCCCCAGCCGUCAUCCAAGAACAAAGCUGCACCGCCACUCAGCCCCACCUCCAUCCUGACCCAGCACUUGCUGGGCAAUGCCAUCACGCAAGCACACCAACAACAACAAGAAGAGCAAGAUGAACAGCAGCAACGACAAGAGCAGCAGGAGCAGCAGAACGAGGCCGACAGAGGGCACGAUCAACGGGUGCAACCAAGCACAUCGCAGCAGGACACCGUCAACGACACCACCGCUGACGCGCCAGAUGGUGGCGUGGACCUGCACUGUCCCAUCUGUGGUGAGGAGUUUUCGCUGAUGGAGGACCUGAUUGAGCACUGCGACUCGUGCGCGGACACGCAGCAGCUGCGGAGUGGGCGGCGCUUGCGUGUCGCAUCGCAAACACCGCGCAGCCGCAGACGAAGCAAGCGCAGGAGCACCACAACCACCACCGGCAACGAUGACGACAACGACGACAACGAUACGGGGGCGGCCGUGACAGACAACAACCAGCAAGAACCGCCUGCCAACAUCGGCAAAAGCAAACGCAAGCCGCGUGGUGGGCGGAGAGGAAGGAGGAGGAAGAGUGGACGUCGCAGCACUGGUCGUCGCAGUGUCAAGCGCACAGGGGCGGGAGAAGAAGAGCAAGCAGUGACACAGGAAGUGAAGCAGGAAGUGAAGCAGAUGGAAGACAGGGGAGGAGAAGGAGGAGGAGGAGGACAGAUGCAGCAACAACGGCAACAUCAGCAUGGGUACAGCAACAACAGCAGCAGCCCUGCCAAGCGCGCAAAGUGCACUUCUGAUGGUGACGACACCAAACGAACACAACAACAACAAGCCGAUGCUCGCGCCAACGUUAGCGGCAUUGAUGAGACACAAACUGAAGGGGACGGAGACACGGCUGAGGAGGCGGGUGGUGGUGAGGAUUCGAUGCAGACGGAAGACGACACGGAACAGGACACGGAGGGCAUUGGCACGCAGCAGCUGGUGACACAGACAACACGCGUUGAUGAUGAUACCUGUGAUGCUGGCGAUGGUAAGGGUGGCGAGAACGACGGGGAGAGCACACAAGCCAGCCAAUCGACCGUGAACAACGACACCCCGUUGUCCCUACCCGUACAGGCCGGAGGAGAACAAGUGGGCAAGGGUGGGCAGAAGGAAACGCGUCGUGUCGGCGACAACGCUGAGGGUGCACGUGACCAGAAGCGUGCCAAACUGACGGCCGCCACGGCCAGUGACGAUGACGGCAAUGACGACAGUGACGACGAUGGCAAUGACGAUGAGGAGGAUGAGGGACAAGUGGUCGGCGAUGCCUGCUACGUGCACGGCACGGUUGGUGCCGUGACUGCUGAGCAACUCUCGGGCACGCUGCGCCCUCGUCACCCGGUUGCCCUCUGGGCGGCCCUUCGACGUGGUGGUGGUGGUGGUGGUGGCACGCACUGCGAUGGUGGCGGUGGAACAGUGCAAGUGCCGGAGACGUGUGUGCGCGCGUUUCUGCGCCGCUGCUCCAAGGCCACGCCCACACAGGUGAAAGGGGCGCACGCGUGGUUUGUGCGACUGAAGCACCGUGGCCAGUGCGGGGCGAACCAACCCGGGACACGGGCGGCGUCGCUGUCACGACAGCGCCAGGACGCGCUGCGUGGGCCCGCCGUCAACUGCGAGGACAUCAUUCUCGAGUGCCUUCGCCGUGCAACCUGCGUCGAUCGCUCCCAGUGUGCUGUGUGCUCUGCAGUAUCACGGCUGUAUGGCGGUACUGUCGCUCCGUUUACAGAGGCAGAAUGGCGCGUGUUCAGCUACCGUCUUCGCCUCCUCAUCUGCGGCCACCCCAUCACGGCCACGCUCGACACGACAACAGACCCCACAACACUGCAACUUCCGCCGCUCAACUAGCCAGCCCGUAAUGGAACCAACUAAGCGAAGCAGUAACAGAACAGAGGGAGGGAGGG